AUGUGGUUCAACAAAAGAGGUGAAAGUAGCCAAGGUCAAAAUCAAAGCCAGGGUCGAAGGUAUGAGGCUGCCCGAGCCGCUCAAGUAGGUAAUAAUGAUGAACAGUGGGACAUCUACUACCACGCGUUCCUUCUUCAUACGUGCUUACACUCGCAGUGUUAUUGGUAUCGCAGUACUUGGUGGUUUCCUGAACCUGGAAGGAAUGAGCGAACUUUAUCAAUGUUCUCGCCUUCAAGAUUUCCACCAGUAGAUACUAUAACAUGCAUCUGUCGAUACAUUGGUCCGGACACACCUGAGGAAGGUUGGCUGGGUGACUACGUAGGAUACAAUCUAAAUUCAGUCACGUUCGACAUGAAAGCGAUCAACCAUUGA